AUGAUCAAUUACUCCCAUGAAACCAACAGCUAUAAAGGGUUUAACUACAACAAGACUGUGCAAAUAGCUCACAAACUGGUGCACCAAGAGCGUCCACCUCAGUCUCUAGCUUAUUUCAAAAGCGACUACUUCUCUUUUAUGCCCUUCCUGGCUUUGGUGAUGCGCUCAGUCACAGGGUGCCUGCUCUCCCGGGCCAUGACCCGCCAAGUCCUGCUCUUCACAGCUUUGGCCUUAUGUCAUGGGUUCAACCUGGACACUGAAAACCCAGUGGUCUUUCGAGGGAAUGCCAAGAGCUUUGGGCAGAGCGUGGUCCAGCUUGAGGGAUCCCGGGUGGUGGUGGGAGCCCCCCAGGAGGUGAAGACGGCCAACCAGACGGGAGGCCUGUACCAGUGUGACUACAGCACGGCCGCCUGUGAGCCCAUCCAGCUGCAGGUGCCCCCGGAGGCGGUGAACAUGUCCUUGGGUCUGUCUCUGGCAUUUGCCACCAACCCUUUCCGGCUGCUGGCCUGCGGCCCCACCCUGCACCAGGUGUGCCAGGAGAACACCUACCUGAACGGCUUGUGCUUCCUGUUUGGAUCCAACCUGCGGCAGCCGCCCCAGAGGCUCCCCUCGGCGCUGCGAGAGUGCCCCCAGCAGGAGAGUGACAUCGCCUUCUUGAUUGAUGGCUCUGGCAGCAUUAUCCCAAAUGACUUUCAGCGGAUGAAGGAGUUCGUCUCAACUGUGAUGAAUCAGUUCACAAAGUCCAACACCUUGUUCUCUUUGAUGCAGUUCUCUGAUGCGUUCAGGACACACUUCACCUUUAAAGAUUUCAAGGCUAACCCGAACCCGACGCUACUGGUGAGGCCAAUCAAACAGCUGGAAGGGUGGACGCACACAGCCACAGGAAUCCGCAAAGUGGUGUAAGCUGUUUUUGCUUGGAAUGUGAGC